AUGCAGGCCCGAACCGUGAGCUGUGCUGAGGCGGCGUCCUCGCUCCGUGCUGAAUCCGGGAAAGUGGGUUUGAAUGACCUGCAGAUGAUCCUGCGGCUCCUGUUUGCCCACAAACACAGACUUAGUCUGAUGUUUCCUCAGCACCGAGGUUCGCUCUUCCACGUGGCAUACGUGCUGAUCAAAUUCGCCAACUCUCCGCGGCCUGACCUCUGGGUUCUGGAGAGAUCCGUGGACUUCGGGCAGACCUACCAGCCGUGGCAGUACUUCGCCUCCUCCAAGAGAGACUGCAUCGAGCGUUUUGGACAGAGCACCAUUGAGAGGAUCAGCCACGAUGACGACAUCGUCUGCACCAUCGAGUAUUCACGCAUCGUGCCGCUGGAGAAUGGAGAGAUCGUCGUGUCUUUGGUGAACGGCCGUCCCGGGGCGAUGAACUUUUCGUACUCGCCAGUACUGAGGGAGUUCACCAAGGCCACAAACAUCAGGCUCCGCUUCCUGAGAACCAACACGCUGCUGGGUCACCUGAUGGGCAAGGCGCUCCGCGACCCCACCGUCACCCGCAGGUAUUACUACAGCAUCAAAGACAUCAGUAUCGGAGGACGCUGUGUGUGCAACGGGCAUGCUGAGGCCUGCAACGCCAAAGACCCCAGCAACCCCUACAAGCUGCAGUGCGACUGUCAGCAUCACACCUGCGGCGUAUCUUGUGACCAGUGUUGCCCUGGAUACCACCAGUUGGCAUGGAAACCAGCCACGACCUACAGUGCCAACGAGUGUGAACCCUGCAACUGCCACCGUCACUCUUUCGACUGUUACUAUGACCCCGAGGUGGACGAGAGGAGAGCCAGCCUCGACAUCCAUGGACACUACAGAGGCGGCGGAGUCUGCCUCAACUGUCAGCAUCACACCACUGGAGUCAACUGUGAGCGCUGCGUCCCCACCUACUACAGGUCACCUGACCACGCCAUCGACUCGCCGCUGGCCUGCUCACCCUGUGACUGUGAUGUGGAGUUUACAGACGGUACCUGUGAGGAUCUGACCGGGCGAUGUUUCUGCAAACCGAACUACACCGGGGAGAACUGUGACUCGUGCGCCGCCGGCUUCACCGGCUUCCCCGAGUGUUACCCCAGCCCCACACACCCCACCACCAUCAACGGGGAGGCCAGACCAGCAGGAGAGAUCAUCAACUGCGAGUGCAGCGCCGCAGGAACCGUGGAGAACUCGUGCAGGGCUGACCCUCGGACCGGGACCUGCAUCUGCAAACCAGGUUUCACCGGAGACCACUGCGACGCCUGCGCGCCGGGCUUCUACGGGCUCAGCUGUGAGGCCUGUCAGUGUGCAGGGCCUGGCUGCCUGGACGGGUCAUGUGACGAGGUCACCGGUCACGGUGUGUGUCGCGGCGGGUUCCUGGGUCCUCAGUGCGAUCAGUGUGCUCCGGGCUACUUCAGCUACCCGCUGUGCCAGCUGUGUGGAUGCAGCUCGCUCGGCUCUCUCCCCGAAGGCUGCGACGCCGCCGGGCGCUGUCUGUGCAGACCGGAGUUUCAGGGUCCUCGAUGUGAGCAGUGCAGAUCUGGAUUCCACUCCUACCCCGACUGUAAAGGUCUGCCCAGCGUGGUGGGACUCAGGUGUGACAGCUGUGCACACGGUGCCUAUGGCUUCCCCACCUGCCAAGCUGGAAGCUGUCAUCCUGCCGGCUCUGUUCAGACCACCGUAGCGCCUCCUCUGGGCCGCUGUGAGUGCCGUCUCCACGUGGGGGGCCUGGCCUGUGACACCUGCAAACCUCUGUACUGGAACCUGUCCCCGGACACACCUGAAGGCUGCUCCAACUGUGAGUGUAACGUGGCGGGGACGGUGAGCGCCGUGGCCGAGUGUGCUCAGGAGAGCGGUCAGUGCCACUGUAAGCCCAACGUCUGCAGCGGAACCUGCUCCACCUGCAAAGAUGGCUUCUUCAACCUGCAGGAGAGCGACUACUUUGGCUGCCGGGGGUGUCAGUGUGACAUCGGUGGCGCCGUGGGUCCUUCGUGCGGCGAGAGGAGCGGCCACUGUCGCUGCAGACCCAGCGUGGAGGGGCCAAAGUGUAACCUACCUCGUCCGGAUCACUACUUCCCUGACCUCCAUCACCUGAAGUUUGAGAUUGAGGAGGGAAGCAUGCUGGACGGCCGGCCGGUGAGAUUCGGCUACAACCCCCAAGAGUUCCCCAACUUCAGCUGGAGAGGUUAUGCUCAGAUGUCCCCAAUUCAGUCGAAGGUGUUGGUGUCGGUGUCGGUCGACUCUCCGGACGUCUUCUUUGUGGUGCUGCGUUAUGUUAACCGGCGAGGUUCGGAUGUUUGGGGCCGGAUGACGGUCGUGGAGGACGGCCGGAGCCACCACUGCGGGAACUGUAAGUGCUGGGAGGGGACUCUGUGUUUCCAUGGCAGCGCAGGAAUCAGGAGAGGUGGGAAGUCUUCUUACUCUCUCUCGAUCUCCUCGCGACGCUUCGGUCUCUGCGCUUCGGCUGCGUUUGGCUGCUGGUGGUGGCGGCGCCGUGUCUUUCCUCAGGGCCACAGAUCAGUGCAGACUGCGGUGAGGCUUCAGGUUUAUAUGAGCGAGGCAGACGUCUAUCUGACUCGUUUCAUCCUCAGAUACAUAAGCUCUGAGGGCGCCACCACCAAGGGUAAAAUAACAGCCUAUCAGGGCAGCCGCAGAGGCUCCGAACAGUCCAAGCCGAUCGUCUUCGCUCCCAGCGUGGAGCCGACCUUCGUCAACGUUCCCUUUGUGGAGCCCUUCGUGCUGAACCCGGGAACCUGGACCGUGGUGAUCGAGGCAGAGGGAGUCCUGCUGGAUUACCUGGUGCUGUUGCCCAGCGCCUACUACGAAGCUCCCAUCCUGCAGAUCAGAGUGAGCGAGCCCUGCACCUACAGCCCCGCCCCCGACGCCAGCCAGAACUGUCUGCUCUACAAGUACCUGUCUCUGGACUCCUUCCCCUCCAUCUCGGGCAACGAUGCCAGCUGCCGCAACGACAACCACCUGCCCCGCCCCUGCCCGACCGAGAAGGUUUCCCCGCGUCACCCCGACAUGGCCGUCUGCAGCGGUUUGGAUAUCAGCGUCGAGCUGCGAGGGCGCCUCUCGUCUCCGGGCGACUACGUCCUGGUCCUCGAGUAUUCCAGCGAAGAAGAGCUUCCUCAGACGCUGUCCGUCACUGUCAACGUGCCGGGAGCGAGAACGCACCGACACAGAGUCACCUUGCUGCAGUGCAGAUACAGCUUCCUGUGUCGAGUCGUGGCCGUCGACGAGCGGAACAGAGUGGCGGUCUUCUCCCUCCCCUCAGACGCAGAGAUCCAGCUGACCGCUGACCGAGCCACCUUCUUCCUGCACAAAGUGUACCUGGUGCCCAGACAGCAGUUCAGCAUGGAGCACGUAGCCCCGCGCGUCCACUGCAUCGGCACGCACGGACACUUCUCACCUGACAGCUCCUCCUGCGUCCCCUCACGCUUCCUGACCCCGUCAGACUCUCUGUUCCUGAAGGAGGGCCAGAGCUCCUCCACCCUGCAGGAGCCCGCCUCCCCUGCUGCUGCGCCUCCUCUGAGAGAGGAGCCAGACUGGAUGGGAUUGGAGAGACCGCCGUUCGGAGCGGAAAACACCGACCACGUGCGGCUGGACUCGCUGCAGAAUGCAGUGAUGUACUCUGCCCGGGUCCACGCCCUCGGCCGCUACGUUUUCAUCCUCCACUACCACCAGCCUCUGCACCCCACCUACCCCGUACAGGUCUUCAUUAACGGGGGGCGGAUCUGGCAGGGACACGUCAACGCCUCGUUCUGUCCUCACGCUUACGGCUGCCGUGACGUCCUGGUGUCGGAGAAUCAGAUCAUUCUGGAUGUGACGGACCACGAGCUACUCGUCACGGUGCAGAUACCUGCGGGGAAGACGCUGUGGCUGGAUUACCUGCUGGUUGUUCCUGAGUCGAGCUACAGCUCCAGCUACCUGAGCGAGGAGCCGCUGGACAAAUCCUACGACUUCAUCAGACUCUGCGGUCAAAACAGCUUUUACAUCAGUCCCUCCUCCUCGCCGUUCUGCCUCAGCUCGGCCAUAUCUCUGUCAGCCUUCGUCAACAACGGCGCGCUGCCCUGUGCCUGCCACGAAGUCGGAGCUGAGAGCAACACCUGCGAACGCUUUGGCGGUCAGUGUCGCUGCAGGUCCAACGUGAUUGGACGAGACUGCUCCACGUGUGCCACGGGUUACUGGGGAUUCCCCAACUGCAGACCCUGUAACUGCGGUUCGAGGUUGUGCGAGCCGGUGACGGGGGACUGCAUCUGCCCGCCGAGGACCGUCCUCCCAGAAUGCACCGAGUGCGAGCCUCAGACGUUUGGCUGCCACCCGCUGGUGGGCUGCGAGGUCUGCAACUGCUCUCACGCUGGCAUCAUCGCGCCCGAUGUGAGCUGCGACACGCUCAGUGGGCAGUGUAGAUGUCAGAACAACAUCGUCGGACGUCAGUGCGACCGCUGUGCCCCCGGUUUCUACGGUUACCCCAACUGCAGACCAUGUGACUGCAACGAGGCGGGGGCCGAGGAGGAAGUGUGUGACCCGUCCACAGGACAGUGUCUCUGCAAGGAGAACGUCCAGGGUCCUCGCUGUGAUCAGUGCAGAGAUGGUACGUUCCACUUGGACCCGACCAACCCAAAAGGAUGCACCAGCUGUUUCUGCUUCGGAGCCACCGGCCGCUGCCACAGCUCCAGCAUGAGGCGCACCGAGGUCAUGGACAUGGAGGGCUGGGUGCUGCUGGGAGCCGACAGGCAGGAAGUCCCCGUAAUCGUGUAUCCAGAUCAGGACCUGGUAGAGGCCGACAUCACCGACGUGCCCGAUGUUUAUCAGGAGCUGUACUGGCACGCUCCGAACACUUACCUGGGAGACAAGGUCUCCUCCUACGGAGGCUAUCUCAGGUACCGUCUGCACACGCAGACCAUGAGAGGAGACGUGCUGCCUCUGCCCGCCGAGGCCCCGAAACCCGACAUCAUCCUCAAGGGUAACCAGAUGACCCUGGUGUUCAUGGAGAGAGAAUACUCGUCCCCUGAGGAGCCUCACCUGGGCAUCGUCCACAUCGUUGAGGGAAGUUUCCGUCACUUUCGGACCGGUAACCCGGUGUCCCGAGAGGAGCUGAUGAUGGUUCUGGUCGGGCUGGAGUCUCUGCAGAUCCGAGCCCUGCACUCCCAGUCAGCCCAGUCCGUGUCGCUGCGUGGCGCCGUGCUAGAGGGUGCAGAGAGCCUGCCUGUUGGACGCCACGCCAACAAUGUGGAAAUCUGCAUGUGUCCCGCCAACUACCUGGGAGACUCGUGCCAGAGAUGUGCUCCGGGGUACUACAGAGACACCAUCGGCCUGUUCCUGGGGAAGUGUGUUCCCUGUAGCUGUAACGGACACUCGGACCAGUGUUUGGACGGAUCUGGGAUCUGUGUGAACUGCCGGCACAACACGGCCGGCGACCACUGUGAGACGUGCCAGGGGGGGUUCCUAGGUAACAACAGCGUGGAUGGUCAGGCCGUGACGUGCUCCAGCUGCCCCUGCCCGCUGAGAGCUCCAUCCAACAAUUUUGCGGAGGGCUGCGUGCAGAGAGGUGACAGCAUGCAGUGUCGCUGUAUGCCCGGCUACGCCGGACCGAACUGCGAAAGGUGUGCCCCAGGUUUCUACGGCAACCCGGUGGUUCUGGGCAGCCGGUGUCAGACGUGCGAUUGCAGCGGGAACUCGGACCCCAACAUGCUGUUCACCGACUGCCACCCGCUGACGGGACACUGCCUCAGCUGCAUGCACAACACGGCCGGGCCGCGCUGCGAGAGCUGUGCCCCCGGUUACUACGGCGACGCCAUUAACGCCAAAAACUGCACCCAGUGUGACUGCUCUCCGUGUGGAACCGAGUCAUGUGACCCGCACAGCGGACAGUGCCGCUGCAAGCCCGGAGUCACCGGGCCGCUCUGCGAUCGCUGCGAGGAUGGCUCGUUUGGCUUCGACUCGUGCUCCGGCUGCCGUAAGUGUGACUGUGACGCCGCUGCGGCGCUCGUCCAGCUGUGUGACCCUCAGAGCGGUCGGUGCGCCUGCAGGCCUGGAGUGAGCGACUCGAGCUGCCGGCAGUGCGCUCCUGGAUUCUGGGACUACGGACCCAAUGGCUGCAAGAAGUGUGACUGCAGAGGAGGACACUGCGACCCGCGUACAGGAGAGUGUCGCUGUCCCGACGGGAUGACGGGCCGACAGUGUGACGUCUGUUUGCAGAGGUACAGCGUCCCGACGGAGGACCGGCACGGCAUCCACUGCGAGCUGUGCGACAGCUGUGUUGUCGUGCUGCUGGAGGAUCUGGAGAGGCUCGACGACGACUUCCUGUCGGCGUCGGCUCGGCUGAGGAGCCUGAACGCCAGCUCCGUGGCCCGGGCUCAGCUGCAAAGCCUCGACAAGUCCAUGGAGGACGCCGCUCGGACCAUUGAGGACUACAACAACACACUGCAAGACAGCCUGAGUCGCACCGACAUGCUGGAGGCAGAAAUCAGCACCAUCAGUGAGGACAUCGACGAGCUGCAGAACAAAACGUCGGCGAUGACCAGCCGGGUCGGCGAGCUGCACAGUGGCACAAACAGAACGUACCGGCGGGCCGAGGAUGUGUUGUCCCUCCUCAGGAACGUGAGCGCCAAUAUAAACGAACUUCUGCUGAGGUCGAACAGUUCUUCGCUAAACGAGACGGAGGCAGAGGAGGAUGGCGAGGAGAGGGAGAGGAAGAUGAGGGAGGUGCAGGCCAUGCUGAGGGAGAUGAGGCACAGGAGCUGCACGGGUCAGAAGAAGAUGGCCGACAACGAGAAGGCAGAGGCUGAGAAACUGUUGGAUCGGGUCAGCAGGCUGCUGGUGGACCGUCACGAGGAAAACGACAACCUAACUCGAUCCAUCAGUGACCGUCUCUCCCGCUUCCACGCUGACACGAUGGACCUCCGAGACGCCCUGAAUGAGGCCGUGAAUAACACGGCGAGAGCUGCCGAGAUCAACAACGCCAACGAGAAAAGCCUGGACGACCACAACAGGAGGGUGGUGGACCUGCAGAUGAAGUCAACCGAGGUGAGAAAACAGCUGAACGUGUCUGCAGAUCACCUUCAUCAAGUCAACAACGACGUGUGGUCCAUGGUGCAGAACUCCAAAGAGGAGUACGAGCACCUUGCAGCUCAGUUGGAUGGCGCCCGGAUGCUGCUGGCCCAAAAGGUUCAGAAUUUGUCUCAGACUAACUCUAAAAUCCCGCUGGUGGAGAAGGCGGAGAAGCACGCUGAGCUGCUCGGCGCCCUGGCCAUGAACCUGUCCAGUUUGAUCGCAGAAACAAAGAAGGACGGAUUCAUAGACGUAACGCAGUCGUACAACAAGAUCGUCGUCAGCAUCGAGCAGGCCGAGGAGGCCGCCAAGAUGGCCAGCGAGGCUACCAACAGCACAUUAGAGAGCGUGAAGGGCCAGAACCUCGGUCAGAAGGCAGAGUCUCUGAAGAACCACAGCAUGGAUCUGAAGGAUGAAGUGGAGAAGCUGAAUGAUGACCUGAACACCACUCUGAGGCCACGACUGGAAGAUGCUCAGCGCCGGCUCCAGGACGCCAAAACCAAACAGGUUCAACUGACCGAGGACCUGGAGGCGCUCCAGAGCAACCUCAACGCCACCAAAAACAUCAGUGCACAGGUCAACGAAGCCAAGCAAACAGCGGCUAAGGCAAACAGGACGGCCACCGGCAUCAACGACACCCUGCGUCCUAUCAAAGAGAAGCUGGAUGAAUGGCAGCACACUUACGGAGACGCCAACGCCACGAGCGAGGACAUCAACACCGCCCUGAUGGACGCCAACAACACCGUGCACAGGCUGGGUGAAGCUAUUCCUGAACUCUUGAAGAGGCUGGGCGACCUGCAGAAUUACUCUGUUCAGAUGCCAAACAUCUCCGAGAACAUCAACCGCAUCCGACAGCUCAUAGAGCAGGCGCGCAAUACUGCCAACAAGGUGAGCGUAUCCAUGAAGUUCAAUGGGAGAUCAGGCGUUCAGGUGCGUACGCCGCCUAACCUGGCUGACCUGGCUGCUUACACAUCCAUGAAGCUCCACAUCAAGCUGCCGGACGCAGUGCGGACGCGGCGACAGGAUGCUUCCAACAGUCAGUUUGUGUUUUACCUCGGCAACAAGAACCCGGGUCAGGAGUUCCUGGGCAUGGCGUUGGUGGGGAAACGGCUGCACUGGUACUUUAACGUUGGAGGAGAAACUGCAGCUGUGAAGAUGAAAAACGACAUCCAGUCCAAAGGAAGAUUCAGCACCGUCUCCCUGGAGAGGAUGCUGCAGCACGGUCUGAUGUCCGUAUCUGUGGACACCUCAACCAGCAAAUACUCUGAGAAGGCUGAAGGAGAUCAGGGGCUCCUCAAACUCUCGGCCAAUGACACCGUCUUCUAUGUGGGAGGAUAUCCGAAUACUUUCACACCACCUGAAGUGCUCGCCCUGCCCAACUUUAAGGGCUGCAUUGAGCUGGACUAUCUGAACGAGGAGGUGAUCAGUCUCUACAGCUUUGUGGACGUCUUCAAUCUCAACACCACGGUGGACAUACCGUGUGCCAGGACAAGAACCACCUCUGAGCCCUAUGUCAGUGAUGGAGCGUACUUUGAUGGGACCGGCUAUGCAAAGUUUAAUUUUUCUCAGUCAGGAAAAGGUUACUUCGUGCAACAGGAAAUCAAACUGCAGUCACAGAACGGGAUCCUGCUGAUGAUGCAGAAUGAGCAAAAUCAGUUUGUGUGUGUGGCGGUGCUUCGUGGCAAGUUAAAGCUCUUCUAUAAUAUUAACGGUUCUCUGGUGGACGUCAAGCCCGUGGCUCCGCCUGAGCUCUUGCAGAUGAGAAACGGCGAGCCCAACAGUCUGUUUCUCAUCAUCUGGAAUGAACUACUUAUGGUGAAGAACAACCAAAACGAUGCCAUCAGGACUAACAUAAAAGGCAUCCCUCAAUUUGACAACAGCUGUUACCUGGGUGGAGUGCCAGAGGACAAGAUGCCAGACAUGUACUUGGCUCGUGAGGGUUAUUUCCCAGGUCAGAGCUACCUGAACUUUAAUGUGAUGGAUGCUUCUAGUAUCAUGAACAACUUCUUUGCCGGCCUUGGCUUCAGAACUGAGACGACCGAUGGACUCAUGUUCUUCCACAAAAACCAGGAGGACGUCUGUCAGGUGUUUUUGCAGAAAGGCCACAUCGUGGUGCAAGCUGGCAACAAGGCGAUUAAAACGCAGAAGACGUACAACGAUGACAUCAGUCAUUAUGUCACCAUAUACAACAAUGUGACCGGGAUACGUCUGUACGUGGAUGACGUGCUGGAGACAUCGACUCAGACCACAGUGAACCCAACAAUGAAAACUGUCUUGUCCACAAUGGGAAACACCUUCCUGGGAGGAAUGCCCGAAGGCCCGAACAACCUGGUUGGAUGUAUUACUAAUGUUUUCAUCGAGAGAGAAACGCAGGAGGUUCUGGACCUGCUGAAAGCCACCAACAAUGUAGAUGUUUCUAUGAAGUGUCCUGCUGCUAAACAGCCUCAGCAGAUCAUUGCUGCUCAACCAAAACAGAGCAACAAGCGCAAGGGGAAGCUGAAGAAGCCGUCAGGAUCUCGCAGUCGUAACACUAGGGACUCGUGUCAGGGUGAGCUGUCACACCACGAGAGGGGAGCGACGCACUUCAGUGGCUCCACCCACAGCUUCCAGAGAUACGACAUCCUGCCCAGUUCGUUCGGCUCCACGCCUCACAUCUCCAUGCUGUUGAGGAUCAACUCAUCUGACGGGCUGGUGCUGAGCGCCACCAGCAGGCAGCGAGGAGGAGGCGUGAUGACGCUCACAGUCUCAAACGGCCACCUGCUGCUUCAGUUUGGGAAGAAGUUUAACCUACGCAGCUACAGGAAGUACAACGACGACCAGUGGCACACGGUGUUCAUAAAGCUUGAAGGGCAGAAGAUGAGUCUGAUUGUGGACGGUAUCAGUGUUCAGUCCAACAGGAUAUCUGGACGAGACCGGACUCGUCUCACCGCACCGUUAUACGCAGGAGGACUCCCUGCCUCUGUGGCGGGUCAGGGUUCUUCCGGGUUUGUGGGGUGCAUCCGGGAUCUGAUGCUGAACGGAGCCCCUGCAGGAGACCCCGCUCAAAGCCAGGGGACAGUGCCCUGCUUCGCGACCCCUCUGCAGCCCGGAGCCUACUUUUCUGGACGGGGAGGACACAUCAUGAUCGAUGAGUCCUUGGCUCUGAGUCGGGAUCUGGAGAUCCAGCUCGAAGUUCGACCCAUCGUGGACUCUGGGCUGCUGUUGCAUGCUGGGACAUCGUCUGACCACCACCUGAGCUUAAUUCUCAUCCAAGGAAAGGUGACCGUUUCGGUGAACAGCGGGAAAGGUGAGACCUCUGCAUCGUUCAUUCCCGAAGAGCCGCUGUGCGACGGCCGCUGGCACUCCAUCUCAGUGGUGAAGAAGAACAACGUCCUGCAGCUGCACGUGGACGGAGCCAGCGAGCGCGCUGUCGGCCCCAAAAAGGGCCGCUCCACGGGGCCCAAGGAGGCGGUCUACCUUGGAGGCGUGCCAGGUGGCAUCACUGUACCCGGUCUACCACCUGGGCUGGCGUCCUUCCACGGCUGCGUCCGCCGGGCGAGCAUCAACAACAGAGCGGCGCCGCUGUCAAAGCCGCUCGCUGUGCACGGCGCCGUGGGAACGCGCGGCUGCCCACAUGUUUAACCCCACCCCCUCAUAUCUUACCUUCACACUCCCUGAGUACACAUCAGCACCGGUGGUGGGCGUCACAUUACUGUAGGGAAGUUAAGAUAUCUAUAUGAGUAUUUAUUUUUUAAGAAAUGUGUAUUUUAUAUUUCCCCCCGUUUGUUUGGUGCUGCAGAGACGGAACGACGAUGUCAUCGAGCGGCACGGUAAAGCCAAGUUCGACCAUCUUUGCAUGUUUCUUCUAAAUCAUCCAGCAAACCGUCGCGUAAUCGUGCGUCUGCUGCAGACACCGACUCUAAACGCUGAUCAGUGAGCACAGACUGUACGUGGAAGAUGGACGCAGCCGCUUCCUCUGCGACUCGGAGGCGUCGGUAAUCUCAACGGUGAUCCUUUGAUUCAGUCGGACCUGAGACCAAACACCAAUCGCUGCACUCAGAUCAGCUCGGCAGAGGCUCGUAGACUUCUGUCCAGAGUCCCCGCCCGCUCAGUCCAUCUUUGAUAUACAGUCUGAACACGAGCAACAUCCUCAGGUAGAGCAGACAAAAAACAAAGCCUGCAAAUCUGGGGAAUGUCUGAUUUCGUGACCUUUGACCUCACAUAGUAAAACUUUUGUUUGACAUGUGAACGUUACGUCCUCGCCGGUCUGCAGGCGCCGUUUCCAUCUGAAACACGAAGCCUUCUAGCUUCUCUGAUCCCCCGUCCCUGUCUGUCACAUGUUUAAAUAAAGUUUUUCCGUACCAA